AUGAAGUUCACGGCGGGAAUGAGCUCCUUGCAGGAGGGCAUCAGCAUCGACUGGAUGAGCAAUGUCGAGAGACUGCGCAUCGAGAAGGACUCGGUGGAUUUACUUCUCAACAAGGUCCAGAGACAUCGCGGCGACACACUGAAUUCCGCAACGGUCUCGGCGCGAGUCACAUCGCCGCUAGAGGGGCUCAUUGGGGUGAAACUGGUGCACUGGGCAGGGCAGACCGACCACGGCCCUCACUACCACCUCAACACCAGCACCGGCCACAUAACCAUCCAGCACGACAAGCCCACCAACCAACUCAACUACGACAGCGGGUCCCUCAAGCUGAACAUAAACACCACUCCCAACGACCUGAACUUUACCUUCACAUGCCCCAAUAAUAAAAAACUCACCGGCCACUCAUGGCGCUCCAUCGGCUACGUCGCAGACCUGCGCACCACCCAAUACCGACCCGAAGACGGGCUGUGCGCUGAGCGACAGGGAUACAUACUCGCGGCGCUGGACCUGGGCGUUCGCGAGAAGAUAUACGGGCUCGGUCACCGUCGCCAAUCCCACGUUGACAGCCCCGCAAGAUGA